AGCCGCCCCCGCCCCGCCGCGGCCGGGCGCUGGGAGCGGGCGGAAGGCGUUAAAGCCGUUGGGCCGGGCCGUUGGGGCGGUGACUCCGCGGGGCGGGCGCGAAAUGGCGGCCGCGGCCGGUGGCAGCGCGGUGGCGUCAGCUCGCUGCUAGGCGCCGGGGAUUCCUGCUUUGGUGCAGCCAGAUCAGCGGACCUCUAAAUACACUCUGACAGUGAUUGCCGCAGGACUGACAGACUUAAACUGGAGGAGGGAAGAUGAUGUCCUUGGAUGGGCCGCAGAAGACAAUCAUUAACCCGGUCAUUCCGUAUGUUGGGACAAUUCUUGGUGGCCUCGUACCUGGAGAGCUGAUUGUGAUACAUGGGAGCGUUCCUGAUGAUGCAGACAGGUUCCAGGUGGAUUUACAGUGUGGCAGUAGUAUAAAGCCUCGAGCUGAUGUGGCCUUUCAUUUCAACCCUCGCUUCAAAAGGUCUGGCUGCAUUGUUUGCAACACACUGGAGAGGGAAAAAUGGGGCUGGGAAGAGAUCACCUAUGAGAUGCCUUUUGAAAAAGGGAAGUCAUUUGAGGUUGCCAUCAUGAUUUUAAAGGAUAAAUUCCAGGUGACUGUAAACAAGAAGCACUUGCUGCUCUACAACCACAGAAUUAGCCUUCAAAGAAUAGAUACUCUGGGAAUAUAUGGCAAAGUGCACAUCAAAAGUAUAGAGUUUGUUUCUAACUCUGUACAAGGCUCACAGCCAUCAUCUCUAGGAAUAACAAAGAUAAGCACAGAAAAUGGGGAGAUGCCAGAUGGUUCACAAUUUGGUGUUCCUUACAUUGGGAAACUUGAUUCUGCACUUCGUCCGGGAUGCACCAUUGCUAUUAAAGGAGAAAUGAAUAAAAACCCAAAGAGCUUUGCAAUAAAUCUGAAAUCAAGUGAGUCAAAGGACAUAGCACUACAUCUGAAUCCCCGAAUGAAGAAUAAAGUUUUUGUGAGAAACUCUUACCUUUGUGACAGCUGGGGAGAAGAAGAAAAGGAAGUUACCAAUUUCCCUUUCAGUCCAGGGAUGUACUUUGAGCUGAUCAUAUUCUGUGAUGCCCACCAGUUCAAAGUUGCUGUUAAUGGUGUUCACAUUCUGGAAUACAAGCAUCGUUUUAAACAACUGGAAAAGAUCGACCUGCUGGAAGUCACAGGAGAUGUUCAAUUGUUAGAUGUGAGGAGCUGGUAGUUCUAAUUAGUACUAAAAGGAUUAAAUAUAUUCCAGUGACACCUUUUCUGUCAAGUACAAACUGGUGCUGACUUGUGCUGAGCCUGCCUUUAUCUAUGUGGGCUUCUGUAUCAGCCUCUCUUGAGUUGGGUGAGUACCAGAGCUGCUGUGAGAUUAACUAACUCCUCCAAUAGUUUACAGUAUCCUGGCAAGCUAAAUCAGUGUGCUCAGAUAAAUCACAUGUAUUACUGAACCUAGCAAUAUGAAAAUACUGCAUCAUACUGUCUUAACAAUUGUGCUCAGUAUGAUUAACUACUACUAGUCAUUCCUUAAUAAUAUACAUUCAGUAAAGUAGAAACUAGAGUGAAGUAGGAUAUGAAGAUAUGAUUAUCCACCCCUAAAGGGAUAUUGAUCAGUCAUAGAAAAUAGAAUUAUGAAGUACUCUGUUCUGCUUCUUAAUUUAUAUUAGCGAUAACAACCUUUUUAACAGGGCUGGAUUAAGCAGACAGUUGAGCCAUCAGUUCUCAUGAGAGGCAAGGAGGAAAUUGAUUCUACUUAGGCUGCUGCUGCAGUCAUACCUUCUGUGACACUCACAGUUAUGUCAACUCCUGCUUAUAGAUGGCUUAAAUCAAACAUUUGGCAGUAUUUCUAGCUUUUAGUUCUCCAAAGUAAAACAAAUGGAAGUGAUUUAGCUAGUUCUGAUUGGGAGAACUUUUGAAAGUUUAUUUGAUCUGAACUGGCUCCCAGCUGUGAUGAGAUUGCUCAGGGACUGAAGCAGAUGUGUCUAGCUUCCGUUUUAAAACAUGUGAACCCAGGUAUUCCAGGCAUGGUUUCAGCUGAGCUGAGACUUGGCUUCUGGUCAGUAGAAUAGUGAAUGAGUUGUUUUUUGGUCUUGUAUUCAAAUGCUAUUUGAAAAAAGUCAUUUGUAUUCCACCAGUUUUCUUUACAACUGUCAGUCUUAAUUUUUAUGUACUCUUAUUUUUUUAAAAAUAAGUUGCUACUGGCUGUUACUACAUGCCCAAGGGCUGUUCCGAUUUACCUUAACAGCUGCUAAAAGAGCAAAGCAGUUUCAAGGAUAAGAUGUACCCUAAAAGCCUGUUUAACUACCAUGUUAAACAUAUAAAAAGCAUAAAUAAACAUGUUUAUGAACCAUGCUUUUC